GACCUCGUCAGUGCUUUGAAACACGCAGCUGAACUCAUUGGGCACGAACCAGACAGUUACGGCUCCCACUCACUUCGUAGCGGAGGUGCCUCAGCACUCUUCAAUGCGGGCUACGACAGCUUGGUCAUCAAGCUUUUCGGGAGGUGGAGAUCGGACGCCGUUGAGCGGUACACAAGAAUGAGCUCACAACUAACAGCACGGAUGGCGGGCGACAUGAUGGCCAAGGCAACGUAA